AUUCGGAAGGGCUUCCCGCCGCUGCUCGGCCUGGCUGGGCGAGUCAAGGCCCCGGUUUUUCUUGUGUUGACUAAACUCAGAAAGGUAGAGACAGCAGUAGGCAGGCUUGGGGCCCGCUGCUAAAUGACCGAGGAGGAAGGGUGUCCGGCAGAUAAUCACCAGAAUGGGAGUAAAUGACUUGUGGCAAAUUUUGGAGCCUGUUAAGCAACACAUCCACUUACAGAAUCUGAGUGGGAAAACCAUUGCAGUUGAUCUGAGUCUCUGGGUGUGUGAGGCACAGUCUGUCAAAAAAAUGAUGGGAACUGUGGUGAAGCCCCACCUCAGGAACUUAUUUUUUCGUAUCUCGUAUUUAAUGCAAAUGGACAUAAAGCUGGUGUUUGUUAUGGAAGGAGAACCACCAAAGCUGAAAGCCGAUGUCAUGAGCAAGAGGAAUCAGAUUCGGUAUGGGCUUUCUGGAAAAACAUGGUCUCAGAAAACAGGAAGAUCCCAUUUUAAGUCAGUCCUAAGAGAGUGCCUUGAGAUGCUGGAGUGCUUAGGAGUACCCUGGGUGCAGGCGGCGGGGGAGGCUGAGGCCAUGUGCGCUCACCUCAACGCUGGCGGCCAUGUUGAUGGCUGCCUCACAGAUGAUGGAGAUGCUUUCCUCUACGGUGCGCAGACUGUCUACAGGAAUUUCACGAUGAAUCCAAAGGACCCACAUGUUGAGUGUUACACAAUAUCAUCUAUCAAGAGUAAACUAGGCUUGGACAGAGAUACGCUGGUUGGACUAGCCAUACUUCUUGGAUGUGAUUACCUUCCAAAGGGAGUUCCUGGAAUUGGAAAAGAACAAGCAUUAAAACUCAUACAGAUUUUGAAAGGGGAAAGUUUGCUUCAGAGGUUUAAUCAGUGGAAUGAAACAUCAUGUCACUCCAUUCCACAGCCACAAGUAGCUAAAAAAUUGGCCCAUUGCUCUGUGUGUUCCCAUCCAGGUUCACUAAAAGAUCAUGAACGUAAUGGAUGCCAUUUGUGCAAAAGUGAUAGGUACUGUGAACCACAUGAUUAUGAUUACUGCUGUCCCUGUGAAUGGCAUCAGACAGAACGUGACAGGCAACUAAGUGGUGUAGAGAACAAUAUUAAGAAAAAGGCUUGCAGCUGUGAAGGAUUCCCAUUCCAUGAGGUUAUUCAAGAAUUCCUUCUGAACAAGGAUAAGUUGGUGGGAGUAAUCAAGUACCAAAGACCUGAUUUAUUAUUGUUUCAGAGAUUUACUCUUGAAAAACUGGAGUGGCCCAAUCACUAUGCAUGUGAGAAGUUGUUGGUGCUUUUGACCCACUAUGACAUGACAGAAAGAAAAUUUGGUAGAAGGAAUUCUAAUCAGCUACAGCCAAUUCGAAUUGUUAAGCCCCGAAUCAGAAAUGGAGUUCAUUGCUUUGAAAUAGAAUGGGAAAUGCCUGAACAUUUUGCUAUAGAAAAUGGAGAAUUGAUUGUAACAGUUGAAGAAGAAUCAUUGUUUGAAGCAGCUUACUCUGAGGUUGUUGCUGUUUACCGGAAACAAAACUUAGAAACUAAAGGGAAGAAGAAAAAAAAUUUGAAAAUUAAGCCUAAAGAAGACAGUUUCCCAGAGUCAUAUGAUGUAGCAAGUUGUCAGCCACUUGUGACUUUAAAACCCAGACCUGAAAUCUUUCCUGAGCAGGAUUCCAAGUUAAACUUGGAAGUUUCUUCUCAUGCUCCUUUACCACAGGAAAAGAUCUCUGCCUUUUUCACUAGCUUGCUUUUACCUGAAGAUGCUUCCAGUUUGAAUAUGCAAGAAAAGUUGAUGUCUUCUUCAGGGCCUUUACCUAGUCAGCAGAUUAAAGAUGCACCACAUCACCCGGACUCAGGGCCACCCGGUCCUCUGUCUUGUGAUACAUCUUCGAUUACUGAUUUGCACCUGAGCUCCAUUGACUGGGAAGGCACUUCUUUUAGUAACUUUCCAGCUCUUCAAGUCUCUUCCAAUUUACAGUCAGAACUUGAAGCAAAGCUAUUGUCCUCCCCUGAUGACUUUGAAAAUGUCCCAGAGCAGUCAGGAUGGUUCACCUCAAACAUUAAUAAAGUAUCGCAUGAGCAUGUUCAGAAGAUUAGUCCUGAAGAGCAGUUACUAUCUGACAUUCGUGAUUUGAAUCUUCAGGAUAUGCCUUUAAGGGAACGUAUAUAUAUGAAAUCUUUACAUCAAGAGAAUGAUGCACAGUCAGACAGUGACUGGAAAGCUUUUUUCCUACACAAUGUAAAAAAGCCUCAGAUUGCUAAUAGUAGAUCUGAUUGUCUAUCACAUCUUCCAAUGGAUCUUCCUGGAAUUAAUUUGCAAAAUGAAUCCAGAAACUCUAAAGUUAUGAAAGGAGACCAGCUGCCUCAAGAAAACUGUAAAGUGAAUACUUGUCUACAUUAUUCCGUCAGUGACCCACUAAUGAAGACCUCCAGUAUUAGAACUGAGCCACCGAAUAUUUCUUUAGAUCAUAGUGGAAAAGCUGGUAUAUAUACUGCUCAAAAAGUUGUCAAGAAUAGGAUGUGCUUUAAUAGACAUUCCUUAGACCAAGAAAGUGGCCCAGAGUCAGGUAAAGCGAAGUAUACAACUCAAAAAAUGAAAUACAGCUCAAAGAAACAUGACCUAGCCCAGCUCAAAGAAAGGGACCACAAGGAACAGCGGAACCCUACAAUUCCUGCAGAUGAAACUCUAUUGAAUGUCACGUCUUAUAAAGCAAUCAGAAAUGAAGAAAAACAUUUCUCAGAUCCAGCAAAAACUUCCCCAGUUUUCCUGCAGUGCCAUGAGAAAGAUGACCUUGGUACUUGUUCAGACAGUCCUCUUCCUUUAUGCCAGAGAUUAAAACUAAGGUUCCAAAACAGCUUAAAUGAAAUUUAAAAUACUUAA